AGCGCUACGUCCAUAUUGUUAUUGGACGUGAAACCACUAUCGUUGUUAUAAUUACCUAAGGUCACUCAGAAAGGCCGAUCUUGCAACCAUGCCGAAGCGAGGACGUGGUGGCUCUUCCGGUGGGAAGUAUCGGAUAUCGUUGGCUCUGCCUGUCGGCGCUGUGAUAAAUUGUGCAGAUAAUAGCGGUGCAAAGAACCUUUACAUGAUUGCAGCAUUUGGUAUCAGGGGCCGAUUAAAUCGCCUUCCGUCAGCUGCCACUGGCGACCUGAUCGUGUGCUCAGUCAAAAAAGGCAAACCAGAGUUGCGUAAAAAGGUGCUAUACGCCGUGAUCGUGCGACAAAGAAAGGCGUAUAGAAGGAAAAACGGCACGUUCAUCUACUUUGAAGACAACGCAGGCGUUAUUGUUAACAACAAAGGCGAGCUGAAAGGUUCGGCGAUCACGGGUCCGGUUGCAAAGGAAUGUGCAGAUCUAUGGCCAAAAAUAGCGUCAACCGCCAGCUCCAUACAUUAAUAAAUUUAAUAGAUUGUGGAAGGUA